UCACCACCACCACCACGGCCUUCACGUCAACAAGGGAACAGCUAUUGAGUGUUCUCUCUUUAAGCUUUCACCCAGAUGCAUUGAUUGGAAGUUGGGGAGUACAAAGCACCCUAUGACAGCACCAGCCCCAAACCAGAUUUUAGGUUAAUAAGUAACAGCAAAGGAGAGCUUUAAAAGUGAGUUCAGGCCAGUCAUUGCUCAUUCAGCACUGAGGAAUUAGCCAGCAUCACAAGAAGCUCACAAUUGUUAAAAUGAAGAGAUAUACCCUCAUCCUCCUCUGCUCUUGUAUCUUUGCUGGGAGCAGAGCAAACCGAGUCUACGUUCAUCCUUUCUCACUGUUUGCUCUUGAAAAUGUCAGCUGUGAGACUCUGUCAACCCAACCCAAGCCCUUUGAGACCAUCACCGUGGCGCCCCUUGAUCUGAACAUCCUGACCCUGGACACAAGGGACAUGUCCCGAGUGGACACUCAGAGACAGAACAUCAGAGAGAGGACGACUGUUUUAGCACAGCAGCUGAACCCUCUGGGCCUGAGGAUGUACAUGGCGCUUAGUGCCAGACAACAGAGCAGCAACACGCUCUUAUCUCCAGUCAACGCUUUCGGCUCCCUAGUCACAUUUUAUCUUGGAGCAUCCAAGAAAACAGCCAGCGCAUACCAGAACUUCCUGGGGCUGAUCAGUGGCACUGACCGUGAGGACUGUGUGUCUUUUGUGGAUGGACACAAAGUGUUGAGGACUCUGCAGAGCAUCAAAUCUCUGGUGGACGAUGGGCCAAAGGACGAGAUCAGCACACAGGUGUGGGCGUUUACUCCGACGCACACGCAGCUGUCCACAAACUUUGUCCACGGGACACAGGACUUCUCCGACUCCUCUUUCAUCCGGAGUCUGGACUUCUCCAACACACAGGAGGCAGAGCAGCAAAUCAAUAGCUUUAUAGAAAAGACAUCAGGGGGCAAAAUAAAAAGCAUCUUCACUGAAGUAAACACAAGCAGCAAUCUGCUGUUUCUCAGCUUCUUCAAUUUCCAAGGUAACUGGAAAACAGUCUUUCAGCCUGAAAAAAACUCACAGCAAGAGUUUUAUGUGGACGAGACAACCACUGUCAUGGUUCCGCUGAUGACACACACCGGUCCCUACCACUACCUAAAUGAUAAGGUUCGGCGCUGCACAGUGGUCAAACUGUCUCUGAGUAAGCGAUCCUACAUGUUACUGGUACUGCCCCAUGAAGGCACUAGUCUGAGAGAAAUCGAGCCCAAGUUGCUUACUGUUAUAUCUUUCUGGAAAGAAAACCUGCAAGAAGGUCUUCUAGAGUUGUCACUGCCAAAGUUCUCCAUGUCUGCUGUGAGUAAUUUGCGUGAGCUUCUGACCACCAUGAGUUCAGAGAUUGAGCCCAGACUCUUUGGUGCUGAGGCAGAGUUCAACCAACUCAGCAGCACCAAACACUUCACCGUUGAUAAGGCAAUCAUCAAGGUGACGUUUGCGAUGUCAGAAGAAGGAGCUGAAGUUCAAGCCAAGACCCAGGAAGGUGGCAUCCCUCUAAAACUGUCCAUUAACCGGCCUUUCUUCUUCUCAGUCAUCGAGAUAGAGUCUGAUGCUAUAUUGAUGCUGGGCAAGGUUACUAAUCCUGCCCUCUAAAAUAGGAUUUAUAGCACUAUUCUUACAUGUACUAGACCACAGUUAUAUUCUUAAAAUGUGAAGGAUGAGAACUUGUAACCUCGUCAGUAUUUAUAAAUAUCACUAAAUAUAAGUGGUUUGUAUAUUAUGUAUGACAGCAGUGUUCUGAUACUGUGAUUAUAGUUUUGUACUAGUACUUACA